AUGAAUUUACAGGCUAUCAAAGAAGCAGCUCAACAGAUGUAUGAAUUUCAAUUUACCCCAGUAAGGAUAAGCUUACCAAAUCACCUUUAGAGUAGACAUUAUCUGAAGCAACAUCUAACGAAAAUUGGAAUACUCCUACUAAAUUGCUAUAAGAAGUUGCAGAGGCAUCAUAUGGAUAGUAAGAAUGUUUUUUUGAAUAUUUAUAGCACAUCUUGCGAUACAAUUAUGAAAUUCAUUUGGAAACGUCUUGAUUCUGAUAAUAGAGAAUGGCGUCGGAUUCUGAAAGUAUCAUUUCUUGUUAAAAAAAUACUAGACUUUAAAUAUGAUAGAGUAUUUGACAAAGAAUGGAGCACCUCGUUGUGUAGGGGAAUUUAGAGACAAUAUAUACAAAAUCAGAAGUUUCUCAGAUUUCUUUUUAGUUGAAUAAGGUUCUGACAAAGGUCUCUCAAGUAAAUAAAAUUAUUAAUGAUUAGUUCGUGAUAAGACAAAAUAAUUAGUUGAUUUAUUAAGCAAUGAAAAGUUGAUUGAAGAAGAAAGAGAGAGUGCUAAAAAGAUACGAGAACGAUUGGCAGGUAAAAUUAAACUUAAAAUAUAAGCUGCUGGAGGUGUUGGAGCUAUUGGAAGUAACACAUCUUAUUAGGGUUAUGGAAGUAGUUCAUAUGAAAGUAAUAAGCCAAAAUAUGGAUAAGAAUCAAAUUAAUCCUAAUCAACAAAUUAUUGUAAGUAUUUAUCAUCUAUAAAGCAUUAAAUAAUGGUGGUUUAGAGAGUGGAGGAGGUUUAGAUAAAUACAGAGGUACAAAUAAUAAUAAUAAUAAUAAUAAUACUAAUAAUAAUAAUAAUAAUAAUAAUACUAAUAAUAAUAAUAAUAAUACUAAUAAUAAUACUAAUAAUAAUGCUAAUAUAAGUUUUAAUGGAAUAUCAUGGAAUAAUCCUCAACAGCAGACAACUCCUUAAUAAUAAACAACAGCAGCACCAUUUUCAGAACCUGUAAAAAGAUUAGCUAAACCUGGAGAAAAGUGGGAUGUUCCAGGACCUAAACCAUAACCUUAAUAAUAAUAACCAUAAUAAUAAUAAUAAAAGUAACAAGCAUAAUAAAACAAUCUAAUAGAUAUUUUUGACACUCCCUAAUAAUUACCAUAAUAAUAAUAGUCAUAAAUUGCUCCACCUUUACAACCACCUCCAUCUUAAAAGUCAAAUAAUCAAAAUAAUGAAUGGGGGUCAUUUUAAACAGCUACUCCUAUUUCUAAUCCAAUUCCAUAACCUUAAAUUUAAUAAAAAGUAUAGACUAAUUUAUUACCUAAUGAUAUUUUUACACCAGUAGUAUCAUAACAACAAGUUUAAGCACCUAUCCUUUUUGGACAAUAAAUACCACCUUAAUAAAACAAUUAACUACCUAUUUAUUAAUAACCUUAAUAAUUAUUAUAUUAAUAAACUUAAGUACAAUAAAAUCUAUAUCCUUUAUAAUAAUAAUAAAAUACUUAUUAAUAACCUAAUUUGUACUAAAAUUAAUAAAUGAAUAAUUAUUAAUAGCCAUAAUAAAAUAUCAACUAUGCAAAUACAUAAGUUCCAACUUAUUAAUCAAAUUAAACAAAAUAAUAAUAAGAUGAAUUUGCAUUUGGUGAAUUCGUCUCAGCCUCCCAACCAAAAAAUACAAAUACUAAUUAAACUGAUUUAUUAGGCAUGAUUGAUUUAAAAAAAGAAAAAUAAGAAUUAGAAUAGAAAAAAUAGAUUCCAAUUGCUCCUUAGUAAAAUUCAUAACCUUAGUUGUAUACAUCCUAAGCUGAAUUGGAUAGUUUUUAAUUCAAUUAUUAAAAUAAAGCACCAAUAUAUGGAUAAUGUAUUAUUAUAUAUAACAUAAAAUAGAUUAAUACCAGUAAAGCAGAUGA